CUGCGGUAAUAACCGGAACUGGUUGUCAAUUGUAUAAAACUGAUGCGAUUAUGGAUUUUGAUUCAGUUAACGCCAAGAUGAAGAAGUUUGCAUUGUCAGCUGCUACUGCUCUGAACAGGGCUGUGCAGUACACUGAAGAAAAGCUUGGUCAGGCGGAAAAGACUGAAUUAGAUGCUCAUUUUGAGAAUUUACUUCAACGGUCUGAGAAAACAAGACAAUGGACAGAAAAACUGCUUCGUUCCUCAGAGACUUUACUUCAACCAAAUCCCAAUAUCCGUAUGGAAGACUUUUUGUAUGAGAAAGUUGAUAAAAAGAAGAGAGACAGGUAUACAAAUGCUGAACAGUUGGGUCAAGUAAUGAUCGACUCUGGGAACGACUAUGGUCCAGGAACUGCUUAUGGAAAUUCAUUAAUUAAAUGUGGCCAAACACAUAUGCAAAUUGGAAAUGCUGAAAAGGAAUUUGUACAAACUGCCUGCAAUAAUUUUCUUUCUCCAUUGAAAAAUUUCCUUGAAGGCGACAUGAGAACAAUUACAAAAGAAAAGAAAGUUUUGGAAACCAAGCGUUUGGAUCUUGAUGCUUGCAAGAGCCGUGUAAGGAAGGCUAAAAGCCAAGCUGGCAGUCAGCAGCCUGACCCUUACAUGAACCCUGUUUUGGUGGAGGAUGAUGCUGUUGCUAAAGCAGAAGCUGAUUUGAGAGUAGCUCAAUCUGAAUUUGAUCGCCAGGUUGAAAUUACCAAGCUGUUACUAGAGGGAAUUAGCAGUACACAUGAAUCUGGAAGUAAAGUUCAGGCCCAUCAUCUGCGCUGCAUAAAUGACUUCAUUGAGUCUGAGAUGAAUUAUUAUGCUCAGUGUCAUCAAUAUAUGCUAGACCUACGCAAGCAGUUGGGCGGCUUGUCAUCAUUUAUCAGUUGUGCACCACGUAGUAUAUUUGCUCCAUCAGCCACAGAACUGGGGAACAAUUCCAAUGCUGGUGCACAGCCCCAACUAGCUAGUCUCAGCACAUUUUACCCCAAUCCAUCAGCCCCUCCAGCUAUUGAGGUGACAGCGCCAUCUCCCAAUGUUGAAAAAAAAUAUGCCAGAGUCCUUUAUGAUUAUGCAGCAGCAGAUUUAACAGAAAUCUCUUUAACAGCUGAUGAGCUCAUAACUGUUCAUAGCCUUCCUAGUUUGGGAGAUGAUUAUGUGAUGGCUGAGAAAGGCCACAAUCGUGGCAAAGUUCCUGUUAAUUAUUUGCAAAUCCUAAAUUAAUUUUUUUUUAAUUACUGUUAGUCUCUUUCUCUCUCUUCUGAAAUCCAAUGGUCAAACAAUGGCUUCAAAGACAUUUUGUAAUUUCUAUUGGGGAUCAAUAUGCAAUACUAUCUGCCUCCUUUUUUUCUUUUUUUUUUUUUAACCCUUUUGUUUAAUUCCAUGGCUGUUAUGCUAGUAUUUUUCUUCAACAUAAAAUUGUUUUGUUAUAUUUUGGUGCUUUAACUCCAUGCUCACUGUCUAAUAAUAGUGUAUUUCUCAGUCAUCCCAUCUAAGUAGAUUUUCAACAAAUGCUAUCAGGAGAGAUUUCACUUUUGUAUUUCUCCUCCUCCUCAGCAAAUAUGGACUUCAACAAUUGGACAUAUAAUAUUUCAACUAACUUUGGGCAUUGUUGCCUUUUUGGGGAAUUUUUUUUUUUUUUUGGCUACUAUAGAUUUUUUUUUUUUCCUGGUAUCAUUCAUUGUUAUUAAAUUUAGCUUGUGAAAAAUUAAAUUUGGUCGAUUCUUGAAGAAUGUCAGUUUAAAAUUUUAACGAAAUGAGCAUUUGAUUUAAAACUCCAUCUUGCUCGCUCUCUCUAUAUACAUAUAUAUAUAUGUAUAUGCUUUUUUUUUCAAAGUUCUUAGCACAAAAAAAAAAAUUAAAGAGUGAAAUUAGACUUUAUGGAGAAAAAAAAUUAUCUUCAUCCAUUACAAAUGUCUUUUCUCAUAUAUAUUGACUUGAUUCAAGCAAUAAAAAUGUUACUCAGAAAUUUUAAAGCAAUAAGGAUUGUUAUUUCAAUUUAUUCAUAGAUAUCUACAUUAUGCAUAGAUUUUACAUAUACACACAGAUACACAUUUAUAUGCAAUAAUUCUAUCUUCUUAGACUUACAGAUUUAGACAUGUAAUAGCCAAGUAAACAAAAAAAAAAAAGAAAAAAUAUUGUUAGCCAUUGUAAAAGUUUCUUUUUAUAGACUUCAUCUGAA